CAGUAGUAAUCGCUCUGUACUCUUGAUUAAAAGCGGUGCCCGUUUUACGGUUUACGGCUGACUUCGCCGACUCACUAAUGUGAGUCGGCGAAGUCAGCCGACUCACAUUAGUGUGAAUAUUAAUGUGAACAAAACUCGGGAGCUAUUUUUCCAGCUGUUUAUCAAGUUACUCAAGUAUUUCGAUAUGUUUUCAAGUCAGUCUGGAACGAUGUCAUUAUUGCUGCACUGAGGGCAUUUCACAAUUUAUCGAAUCGACGAUUAACAUACUCAAGGGGGAAAUCCAAAUUCAUCCCCGUUAGGGAAUGAAUUUGGAUUUUUCAUUGCUGUGUCUGCACUGAAUUGGAACUCAUUUUGACUAUCUUUGUGCGUGUUAGCUGAAUGGUGAGUUAUGUAAUCGGGAUCAUGUUCCAACCAUCGUUUGCCAGCGCGGAGCGUCGAGGAACAGUUCCUCAGAUCGUCAGUCGGAUGCGGGCCGUUUUACAUAACGGAGAGUUGAGUGACAUUAAGUUUGCCGUGGGACACGAUCAUGGCGAUGUUAAGAUCUUUCCAGCCCAUAAGUUCGCUCUUAGCAUCAGCAGCGACGUGUUUCACACCAUGUUUUACGGGAAUUGGCCCAGCACAGGACUGGAUGUGAUCGAAAUCCCUGAAAUCUCUCCUGAAGGCUUCGCUAAUAUGCUGAGCUAUAUCUACACAGAUGUCGUGGAGAAUCUAACACCCGAAAACGUCGUGCAAACACUCUAUUGUGCCGACAAGUAUGAUCUGUCGUGGCUAGCGGAACGGUGCACAGACUUUGUCCUGGAGCAAGUGAAGCCCGACAAUUGCCUGAUGUAUUUGGAAAAUGCGUUACGGUGGACACCUGAUUAUGACCGCGUAGUGGAGAAAUAUCUGGAUUUUGUGGAUGAACACAGUGUCGCCGUUCUCCAGUCGGAGAACUUCUCCGACAUCGGGAAGAAGACGUUGGAGAUGAUUAUUCGGCGGGAUACGCUAUCGGCCGAGGAGCAUAUCGUAUGCACGGCGGUGGACAAAUGGGCUACGGCGCAGUGCUUGCGCAGUCAGCUGGAACCUUCCUCCGUUAAUCGCCGUGAAGUGCUGGGAGCUGCGCUCACCUUUGUCCGAUUUCCUGUGAUGAGCGAUUCCCAACUGGCUGAUGGACCCCUUAAGAGUGGUCUGCUGAUCCCAGCUGAAAUGUGUGACAUUCACCUCUGGAGGCACGGCACCGUUAAGCCCGCUUUGCAUUUCUUUCCUCACGCCGAGCCACGAGAACGUGGCGUACAGGAAAUCAAGAAAGUUGCCUACAAACAGCGGGAACAAAUAUUUGUGAUGUGCGACGACGACAAAUGGCAUCCCGGAGAAAUGGUGGGCAUCCGGCAGUUUGAAUUUGUCAAUCUGUGGCAUUCGGAGCAAGAUAGACAAAAUAUAUCACCUUCGAGGAUAAUUCGGGCGACGGACAUUCUGAAGCGGGGUCUGCCAGUUGAUGCGCUCGUUAACGGAGUGUGGAAGGAAGGGACGUAUGGCUGUCUGCGCGCCGGUCGGCAUAAUGUCAGCUUCGCCAGCCAAGAGCAUGCUGUAGAGUUCAAGUUCCUCAAGAUCGCCAGUAAGCACGUGGAGGAAUGGAAAUCGGCUAGGAAGAAACCAUAGCGGAUGGGAUUGGGGUUCUGCGCGCGCAACUAUGCUUGACGUGAUUUUCGAAUCUUUCGGUUUGUACAGUAGUGGUGAGAUGCAGUUUUAAUUUUUUCACAUAGAUAGACUGGAAUAACAGUGCUGUGGUAUUUAACGGCCGACAGAUUUAGACUGGCUGAAUUUAUAAUUUUCAUUUUGCUAUAUCCGAGUUCGGUAUCGGCUCGCGGUACGGGAUACGUUUUCGGUUUUGUUACUUAACCUUGCGACUUUUGCAUUCGGUUGUUGUGCUAAGCUGUCAGCUGUGUCCUAUAAAAGCAAGCCGGGUUUUGCGUCUUUAUUAUAAUUGACUAAUUUGUUCAAAUCCAUGACAGCAAAGUGUGACUCAAUGAAA